AUGCAGUUCCUCACUGUCUUCGCCACCCUCGCUGCCUUCGCCACCGCUGCCACUGCCAUCGACAACUACCGCGGUGAAGCCACGAUCUACAAGUCUGGCCCCAACGCUUGCAACGUCGCCCCUGGCGCGCGCUUCAUCGCUCUCCCCUCGCCCAUCUUCGACGAGAGCCUCUGCGGCACAACCGUCGCCGUCCAGAACCUCCAAUACCACUUCGGUGGCCAACUCGUCGUCGGCGACCGUUGCGACACCUGCGUCGGCAACGCCGUCCAGAUCUCCGAGAACGCCUUCGGCUCUUUCCUCGACGACAACGACAAGGAGCUCGGCGUCACCGCCUUCGAGGCCGCAUACGCCGUUGGCCUCUUCGGCCGGAAGUAA